ACAGUCUUGACAGUUGAUUGCCGUUAGUGAAGUGACCCUGGCAGCAGGUGGUGAGCCACACCCAAGAUGUCUGACUGGGAGGAUGAGUACGACGAGGGCGGCGUUGCUAUCCAGAAGCCUGCUACUAAAUCAGCUCCGACUGAAUGGAAACCGCCGAGUUACGACAGUCGCAGGGAAAAUGUUUGUUUCGGUGUGAGAGGUGGAGGCAGGUCUGGAGCUCCGAGAGAGUGGAGAGCUGACCGCGGCGGCGGCGGCGAGAGAUCCGAGUACACAAGCCGGGCAAAUGGAGGCGAAGGUCGGCCUGGACGACGAACCUUUGGAGAUGAAAGGCCUGUGACUUUCACCGUGGAAAACACUUCAGUUGGGAGGGUAAUAGGUCGUGGAGGAGCCAAAAUCCGUGAACUUGAAGAGAGCACCGGUGCAAGGAUCAAGAUAAACAGGGGGGGCUAUGAAGCUGAGGUGGUCCUCUUUGGGUCCUCUGAUGCCCAGCAGAAGGCCAAGGAGAUGAUUGAAGACCUGGUGGCUGAUGGCAACUCUCGUUUUCCCAAUGGUCCUGGUAGGGGGGGGCACCAUGGAGGAGGUGAUGGAGGAGGCUACAGAAGGGGAGGUGAUGGAGGAGGCUACAGAAGGGGAGAUGAUGGAGGGGUAAAGAAUAACUCUGUUUGGUCUGCUGCAGCAUUGCAGGCUGCAGAUGUUGCUCUGGCCCCUGCAUCCAUCGACUGGAACUCCAUCCGGGAGAACAAGGACAAGUAUGAAGAGCUCAAGUGGAAGGACCUCCCACCCAUGAAGAAGAAGUUUUACACCGAGGCAGAGAGCGUAUCCAUGCUUACAGCAGAGGAAGUCUGUCAAUGGAGGAAGGAGAAUAACAAUAUCUUUGUUGACGACCUGAAGGAGGAGGGGGAGAAGCGGAAUAUUCCCAACCCCUGUCGCACAUUUCUGGAGGCCUUCGAGCUUUAUCCAGAGGUCAUGAAAAAUAUUGAACACGUUGGCUUUGCCAAACCGACCCCCAUCCAGUCUCAGGCAUGGCCAGUGUUGCUAAGCGGGGAGGACCUGAUCGCCAUCGCUCAGACAGGAACAGGGAAAACCCUGGCCUACCUGCUACCAGGGUUCAUCCACAUGGACGGACAGCCUCUGCCUAGAGCUGAGCAGGAUGGCCCAGGCAUGUUGGUGCUGACUCCCACCAGAGAGCUGGCCUUGCAGGUUGAGACUGAGUGCAAAAAGUACCGCUAUAAGGGCUACAAAAGUAUCUGUAUCUAUGGCGGAGGGGACAGGAGAGGCCAGAUCAACUUGGUGAAAUGCGGUGUGGACAUAGUGAUAGCUACACCAGGUCGACUAAAUGAUCUACAGAUGAAUGAGCUCAUCAGUCUGCGCUCCAUCACCUACUUGGUGCUGGACGAGGCUGACCGUAUGCUAGAUAUGGGUUUUGAACCGCAGAUUAUGAAGAUUCUCUUGGACAUCCGCCCAGACCGUCAGACUGUCAUGACCAGUGCCACCUGGCCCACAGGUGUGAGAAGAUUGGCCAAGUCCUACCUAAAGAGUCCCAUGAUGGUUUAUGUGGGCACCCUAGACCUGGCAGCGGUUAACACAGUGCAGCAAAGAGUGCUGAUUGUCCAUGAAGAGGAGAAAAAGGCCUAUGUGUUUGACUUCAUCAGAAACAUGCUGCCCCAGGAUAAAGUCCUCAUCUUUGUCGGCAAGAAACUUGUAGCUGAUGACCUGUCCAGUGACAUGUGUCUGCAGGGUCUGGCUGUGCAAAGUCUCCAUGGUGACCGUGAGCAGUGUGACCGUGAAGAGGCCCUCAAGGACUUUAAAGAGAGCCGAGUUCGUAUCCUGGUCGCGACAGACUUGGCGUCUCGAGGGUUGGAUGUCGCUGACAUUACACAUGUCUUCAAUUAUGACUUCCCACGUAACAUAGAGGAGUAUGUCCACCGCGUGGGCCGAACUGGCCGAGCAGGACGCUCAGGUGCUUCUGUUACCUUGGUAACAAGAGAAAACUGGAGGAUGGCCCCUGAGCUGAUUCCAAUACUGGAACGGGCAGGACAGGAGGUCCCUGAGGAGCUGGUGCUGAUGGCAGAGCGAUACGAGAAGCACAAGAGGGAGAAGGAGCUGUGCAAUCCAAGGGAACGAGAGGGAGGAGAAGGACGAAGAAGAGGAGGAGGAGGGGGCUGGAGAGAUGGUGGAGGAAGAGGAGGCAGGGAUCGAAGCGAAAAUUGGGGAUUCUAAUGCAUGAUUGUUCAUCAGGAUGAAGCAGGAUCUGAAACCGCUUGUGUUGUAAUUUCUUUUGAAUGUAUAUAUUUUUUUUUUAUUUGAUUUAUUUUCUUUCAUUUAAAAGUUUGUUUGUAUUUUGCUGGAUCAUCAUCCAUUAUAAAAUGAGGCAGUUACACCUCAUUAUGUUGUGCUCCUGUUUUUAAAAAAUGUUUAAAAUGCACAAUUUUGACAGUUUUCUUCUGUCUGUAACUCACCAACCACAGCAGUAUGUAGUAUCACUCUGAAUAUUAAGUUUAUGUAAUUUCUUGAUUUGGCAGAUCUAAAUCUGCAAAAUAAAUUCUCCUUUUAAAGAGA